AUUACAAAAUGGCGUCUAUUUUAUGGUAGAAUUAGAUAUAAACAAUGCAAGAAUAAUUGAUUUUCAAUAACUUUUUUCUCAAAAAUUACGCGCUUCCGCAUAUUGUAACUUUGUGUGUGUGCUUAUAAUAGUGUAACUUUUCUGUAAAAAUACGUAUCAACUGCCAACUCGAUGGGGGUAAAUGGAAAGCUAAGCCCCAAGUCUCUCAACUCAGUUCUUCUACCGUAAAAGGUUGUGAGAUCCAUGUAAUACCAAAUCGGUUCAUUUAUUCAGUCCUUACUUAAGGGUCCUUUUGUCUUAAGUUUUUACGUAAUUAGCUAAUCUUGUAGUGACCACAUCAAUACUAAAAAUCUUUUAUAUAUUAAACAAAUAGAUUGACUUGGCCAUCGCAUGAAAACACAAUGAUCUCUCAAGCACAGACAAUACAACACUCCACCUGUUCCCCAAUCCGGAUAAGGAUAUAGACAGAUUUAGGACUUGGGUUUAUGCAGUUAGUGGUGAAAUCCUUGCUCUUGAAAAUAGUAAAAUUUUUAAGCUACGCAGGGUUUGUCAUGCACAUUUUGAACCAAGAUACUACACAAUAAGUAAUUGACUUGCUGCAAAUGCAGUCCCAACAUUGAAUUUAUCAGGAUUUUUACUAAGAAACAGACCAUUACAAGAUAUCACAAAUACUAGUAUACACCGAGUUGAUGAUAUUGAACAAGGAGUUGCAUCUACAUCUACUUUUGAUGCCAAUCUUCAAAAUGUGACGGGUAAAACAUCUACAGGUCUGCCUAUGUUCAAAGGAAAAACCAUGAAACAACCUCUGUAUGUGAAGCACUCUGAUGAAACUCAUUUAUUAAAAAAAGAACUGUGCAAGCUGAAACGUACUAAAGAGUCUGUAGAGGCAAGGUUGAAGAAAGCCCUGAAACUUUCUGAAAAUACAACAUUUCAAAAGGCAGUAAAAAAUGUUCUGUAGCUGCUUUAAUUUUUAUUAUGAUGCAGUUCUGCGAAGCCAAAAAAAUGGGAAUGGGACGGAGAUUUACAAAACAAGAUAAAGUCUUGUCUUUGGCUUUGUAUAAGCAGGGACCGAGAGCAUACAGAUGGCUCAGAAAAAUUUUCAUUCUGCCAUCUCCGCUAACAUUGAGCAGAAUGAUCUCAACAGCGUCACUGAAGGCAGGAUUAAAUGAAAAUAUAUUCAGGGAACUACAACAAAGAGCUCAAAAAAUGAAGCCAAAGCAAAAACUAUGCAUGCUCUUGUUUGAUGAGAUAGCCCUUACUCCACACUUUGAUUACAAUAGAAGACGUGAUACAAUCACUGGAUUCGUGGACAAUGGUGAAACUACACAAAAUAAAAUAGCAGACCUCGCUCUUGUCUUUAUGAUAUAUUUUUUGUGCUGGCAGUACACCGAAAAUCGAAUUAGCCGUACAAAUUAAGAAUAUUAUAAGAAAACUUAAUAACACUGGGUUUCAAGUAAUGGGAACAAUUUGUGACCAGGGGUGUGCCAAUGUCAGCGCAAUAAAUUACCUCAUAGAGGAAACAAGGGAGGAAUAUUUGAAGAAAAAUAAGGAAUUAAAACAUAAAGUUUUCAAAAUUGAUGGCAAAAAAAUAAUUCCAUUAUAUGACACACCCCACCUG